AUGCGCGCGUGUUUCCAAAAUACAGCGUCAGCGUCAGCAUCAGAAACCACAACAUCCAAAGCUACAGCAGCAGCAUCAAGAGAAGCAGCAGCAUCAAUAACAAUAGCUGAGCGUGUGGUGUUUCGAACAACAGGUCGUUUGACCCGAACCACGGUGGUUAAAUCCGGCCCUACUGCCAGUGAAGAUGGCGACUCCGCCGCCACAACCACUACCGAAACGACUACCACCGCUUCUCAGGCCACCCCCACGAGCACAACCACGACUACAGCCAUGGUAUGGGAGGGCGCCAUCCACCAGGACACCGAGGCGACUUUGUGGUGCUUUGCUUUUGUUCUAGCCGUCAUUUUCGCCGCAGGGUAUGUCAAGUGGCUGCUCAAGUAG